AUGCCAGAAGCGGUAGGCAAACUUCAACUUAAAAGCAGUUUUAAAACGACACAGACUAUUAGACCUCUUUAUACAGGUGGAAAAGUUGCUAUAUCACCCGAUGAAAAUCUUUUGAUAACUACUGUUGGUGAUAGUGUCAUAGUGACUGAUAUUCAUAAUGGAAAUAAUGUGUUUCAUUUAAGUGGUGAUAGUGAAUUAAUUACUACAUUUGCGAUAACACCUGAUGGUAAUCAAAUCAUAACUUCAAGUCGAAGUUUAGUUGUAAAAAUAUGGGAUUUAAAAACAGGUCUUAUAAAAAAAUCUUUUAAGGCUCAUGAAGCUCCAAUAAUAGUGAUGGAUAUAGACCCUACUUCUUCUUUGGUUGCUACAGGUUCUGCUGAUAGUACAGUUAAAGUUUGGGAUAUUGAUGAAAAUAAUCAAUGGACAUUGAUUUCUGGUGCAGAUGAUUGUAACAUACGUGUAUGGGAUUUACAGGACCGAAAGUGUGUUGCUGUAUUGAAGAGUCAUGUUAGUAUGAUUCGUGGAUUAGAUAUGUCAAAUGAUGGUCGGUUCCUUAUUAGUGGUUCCCGAGAUAAGGUUGUAAAUAUAUGGGACUUUAACAAAAAGGUUUUGUUGAAAACCUUUCCAAUAUUUGAGAUAAUUGAAACAUUGGGAGUUUUGCAACCUAACACAACAAUAAGUAAUACAGAAGAGGAUUUUGAAGGAGAGUUAUUUUAUACUGGUGGUGAUAAAGGAAUCAUUAGAAUAUGGGAUUUUCAAACUGGUAAACUUAUCAAAACUCAGGAACCUGAAAAGAAUACCAAACAUGUAAUAUCUGAUAUUAUAUAUCUUCGUAAAAGUAAUCUUUUGACUGCUAUCACUAGUGAUCAAAAUAUAUUAUUUUAUCAUAUCAAUUCUGGUCUCAGGCGUGUUAAACAAAUUAUUGGAUAUAACGAUGAGAUUAUUGAUCUUGCAUAUGUUGGAAAAGGCGAAACACACCUUGCUAUUGCUACCAAUACAGAACAAAUAAAUUUAUAUAAUAUUAAAUCCUUUGAUUUCAAUAUUAUAUAUGGACAUACUGACAUUGUUAUUUGCCUGGACAAGUCAUAUGAUGGAACUGUAUUGGUAUCCGGUUCUAAAGAUCAUACAGCAAGAAUAUGGAAUAUUGACGUGGAUAAUGAGAAUUUGGAUCAUCGAGUCAAAUGUUUAGGCAUAUGUAUAGGUCAUACUGCAGCAAUUGGCACAGUAGCUUUUUCAAAGAAAUCUUUAAAGUUUUGCCUUACUGGGAGUCAGGACCGUACCAUAAAGUAUUGGGAUUUAUCUUACUUAGAUGAUCAAUCUAAACCUGAUGAAAACUUUAGACCGAGAGCUCUAUAUACGAACAAAGCACAUGAUAAGGAUAUCAACUCAAUAGCAGUCGCACCAAAUGAUAUGAUUUUUGCCACUGGUUCACAAGAUAAAAGUGUUAAAAUAUGGUCUAUUAAUGAUGGGAAAUUGCUUGGUACUUGUUCUGGACAUAAACGCGGUGUUUGGUCUGUCCAGUUUUCACCUGUUGAUAAAACUAUAGUAACAAGCUCUGGAGACAAAACCAUCAAAAUUUGGUCAACAACUGACUUUACUUGUUUAAAGACUUUCGAAGGGCAUACAAACACUGUCUUGAAAGCUUCAUUUCUGACAUCUGGAACCCAAUUAAUGUCUUGUGGUUCAGAUGGCCUUCUUAAACUUUGGACAAUUAAGUCCAAUGAAUGUGUUGCUACAUUGGAUAAUCACACGGAGAAAAUAUGGGCAUUGACAGUACGCAAAGAUGAAAAUGUUGUUGUAUCCGGUGGAGCCGAUUCUUUGAUAAAUUUGUGGGAGGAUUGUACUACUGAGGAAAUGGAGAAACGUGUAAAAGAAGAAGAGGAACAAAUUUUAAAAGAACAAGAUUUGGCAAAUUACUUGUUGAAGAAGGAUUAUAAAAAUGCCAUUACUCUUACCAUGUCUUUGAAUCAGCCUUUUAGGUUACUGAAUCUUUUUACAGAAAUAUUAAAUGGCCGAACUGAAGGAGAUACUAGUAUUACAGGGUCUGAAUCUAUUGAUAAUAUUAUUACCAAUCUUUCUAAAGAUGAUCUUGAACAAUUGCUUAAAUAUAUCCGUGAUUGGAACACUAAUGCCAAACAUUUUCGAACCGCACAAACAAUAUUACAUGUUAUUUUAAAAACAUUUUCAUCAGAAAAAUUAUUGGAAAUUAAUGGCAUAAAAGAAUUAUUAGAUGGUUUGCUGCCUUAUACAGAAAGACACUAUCAACGGUUGGAUCGAAUGAUUACCGAUUCAUUUCUUGUUGAUUAUACAUUACAUUCAAUGAAUAUUAUAGAUACUUUACACAUGGACAUAUCUGAUAACGAAGAUUAA